UCAAAACAUACAGAAGAUAAAACGAUAAGCCGUGCGUUAGCGAACACGAGCGAGUCGAAUUUUCAAAGCGAAUAUUUCGUCAGUUUUGUUUUGUCGAAAGGAGAGAAAAAAAAAAUUUGCGCAAGGUCACAAUUUAGAUUGUUAAUUAUUUUUGUUGGUAGAAACUUUGAAAUUUCGAACAUUUGUGUGUUAUCGAUUUUCAAAUGCACUAACAACGAACGCGAAAGCGCAUAAUUUGUGGAGAAGACAACGGUUUUGAUCGUAAAAAUAUUCGCACGGACAAUAAAUUUUGUGAACUUUUUUUUUAAUUAAAUUGAAAUAAAGUACAUAUUUUAUCUGGAUCAGCGCGCAUCACAUAAGCUCCAGCUGUUAAAUGGAUGAUAUUAAAUAAUUGCAAAAGGAGAAAAAAAAAUAAGGAGAAUAAGAAAAAGUCAAGAAAAAAAAGAAGUAUUAAGAACGAACGCAUUUUGCGAAUAAUAACAAUAAUAAUAAGACUAAACACACGCUGAUAUCGCUCGAGCGCAUAUAAUCCAUCGGAAUAUGAUCCGUACAUAAACGACACCUGACUUUGGCCACUUCACCCGUCACGCACACCGUCAACAGUGAGUCGUCUUAGCACUUUGGAAACCGAAACACACAGGAGAAAAAUUUACAAGAGACUUUCAAACACAAAUAAAAUAACAUAAAAAGCAGAGCAAAAAAAGAAACAAUACAGCAAGAAGCAUUUUUAAUCGGUUUCGGUGUUAUUUGCUCUUUUCGCUCCACGUCGGCCAAGUGCGACUAGAAGAGUUUGAAUAAAAUCGGUCAUUUUGUGUGCAUAUGUAUCGUUUUGUUGUGCGGUGCCACUGCUAAUCUUACACAUAUAUGUAUUCAAGUUGGUUGGCUUUCGAGUGAUAGAGAGACAGAGCAAGAGAACUUCGAAGUACAUGAACGACUACAUACAGACGUGACCGCGUACGAAGCGAAACAAACGACACAUAUAACAAACAUAAAGCGACAACAACAGCAGAAGCAUCGAAAAGAAGAAAAAAAAAUCAACAACAGAAUAACAAUUUUUCUGCUCGUUUUCUGUCUCUGUCGGCUCGAUUGGUCGCAACUCACUCGCUCCGUCUCUUGUUCGGUUGGCUCAUUUUCCUGUGUGUGAAUAAAUACAUGGAUAUUUUUGCGUCACAUCGUCGUUGUUCUGUGUAUUCGUUUAUUGUCGCUGUCGUUGAAGCCGUCAUCAUAGCGCUUUGACUGUUUGGUUAACUUGUUCUGUUUAACUUUAGCGCUAGUAUUGAUAAAUACGUUCAUGAGGACACCGCGCGCAAUUUUUUUUCGCCGUUCGUCGCUUUUUUUCCUCUCACACAUCGGACAUUUUUCCGUCUUCAGUGCGAAAAACUGCGAUUCCCAUUGACUACAGGCAUCAAAUAAAACCGUUUUUUUUUUUCGUAGUCAUAGACAAUUUGUUGAACUUUGAAAUUUGUUUUCUUUUUCUUGACAAAACAGUUUUCUGAUAUCGUGAUAGAAAAGCAUUGGACAAUUGCAAAUCAAAACAAUACAAUUUAUGUAGAAAAAGAAAUCAUAGAGAAAAAAACACUUUUUUUGGAAAAAAUAAAGUGCAAGAAACAAAAAUGUACAAAUUAAAGUGAUUACUUGAUUCAAGUGAAACUUUACUUAAGAGUGAGAUUGAAAAGUGUGUACCACCAAUAAAACACCAUGAAAAUAUUGUGGCGAAAAUCGUGAAAUAUAUCAACGAACCAAAAAUUCACAAAUUCGAUUAACACACAAAAAAUCACAAAAUUUUAUCGACUUUAUAUACAUUUUCGCAUAUCCGGAUAUAAUUUCGAAAUAAAAAAUUAUUCAGCAGCUACAGUGAAUGCCAAUCCAUUUUCUUCAAAUCCUAGAAAUCAGUUCACACAAUUUAAAUUCUAGGAGACAAUAGAAAAUUCCCUCCCAACAAAUCACAACCAUUUUUAAUGGAUAUUUUGCAGACGAAGUGUAUCAUUGAAUCGGUUUGAAUGUGUGUCAGUUGUGAAGUACAAUGCAAGUGAAGCGUCAAUGUUGUACCACCCCUCUGAAUUUGUAUUGAAGAAAAAUCAUCGAAAAUAAAUGAGUGGCCGACAUCUAGACGCAUUGUCAGCGGAACAAUUCCAAAGGGCAAAUCAAUCAAUAUCAAAUCUUCUAUCAUUACAAAAACAAAUGGUUAUGUCACCAAGUCGACGGUCGUCACCACCGCAACUAGCAUCACAUCCGAUGAAUAUGCAUUUGAGCUCAUUUGCCCAUUCGCAAUUACAGUUGACGAAUCAAAUGCACCAAAAAUUAGCAGCCGGUUUGCCGCCAAACCAUUUGAAUCAAUUCUUUAAAAAUUCAACGUCAUCAUCGAAUGGCAACAAUAGGGGAUCGAAUGAAAGCACAAAUAAUAGUCGACAUUCGCCAAACGCAAUGGCAUCAUUAGUUAGUUCAUCGAGCCCAUUGAAUCACUUACAAAAUAUGCAACCGUUCGAUUUCCGUUGUCUUGGCGCCGGUCUAUCGGGCUUUCCACCGCCAUCAAUGGGCAAUGCAUCCGGACGACUUAGCCCCGAUAUGGAACGAAUCGAACGUCAUCAUUUACAACAAGUGGCUGCAGCCCAAGCGGCGGCCCGACGGAAAUUAAAUGAAUCGGCCGGUAGUGCAAAUGACAAAGCAGCCCUGCAAAAUCAUGCAGCCGGUCUUAUGAAUAUGGCAAUGGCCGGUCAUCAUUUACCAUUUCCAAUGCCACCACAACCAAAUGCUCUGAAUCCAUUAGCCGCCAGUUUGAUGGCAUCACAAUUUUCAAGCUUGAUGAAUAGUUCGGCGGCAGUUAAUUUGGCCAAAUCAAAAAGUCUUUUGGAACAUCAACACCAAGAAGCACGAAAAGAAUCGAAAAAUGAACAACGCGAUCGAAUACGACACGAUGACUUGAAGCAAAAUUCGAGUGCGUUGAAUUUAAGCCGUGACUCAGGUAAUCGAAGUCCAAAAUCGAUGACAACACAACAUAAUUCACGACAACGUACACCAAUGGGCAUGAGUCAGUCACCAUCGAACCUUGCACAGUUACGAAAAUCACAUUCGCCGGCCAAACGUCAAUGGGGCUCGAUGCCAGUAAAUUUAGGCACACAAUUCAUAAAUCCAGCCACUGGAAAGAAACGUGUUCAAUGCAACGUUUGUUUGAAAACGUUUUGUGAUAAAGGUGCUCUGAAAAUUCACUUUUCGGCCGUGCAUUUGAGAGAAAUGCACAAGUGUACAGUUGAAGGAUGUUCGAUGAUGUUCAGUUCGCGACGGUCACGGAAUCGUCACAGCGCCAAUCCAAAUCCCAAAUUACAUUCACCACAUUUACGACGGAAAAUAUCACCGCACGACGGUAGAAGCGCUCAACCACAUCCAAUGCUGUUGCAAUCACAAGGCUUAUUAACACCUGGUAUGCAUCCAUUUAAUCCGUUCCCAUUGCUAACGCCACCGCCAGAUGUAAGACAUCCCUCGUUAGCCGGAAUGGAUUAUAAAUCAAAUCAAAAGUAUAGUGAAGAUCAUUUGAAAAAUUCAAUGUCGGAAAGUAGCAGCGUACACGACGAUCUCGAUGACGAUGAUGACGAAGAGGGUAUCGUGGUCGUUGGAGAAGAUGAAGAUCCGGAUGAUAUGAACAAAACACACGAUUAUGACAAUGAUUCAGUUGAAAACCAUGGCGAUGGCGCAUAUGAUGAACCGACUGAUUUUAGUGUAUCGAAACGGAAGAAGAUCCCAAGCCCAUCUGAAGGUGAGAACAGUGGUUUUGAAAGCAACGACGAUUCACUCAGUAUGGCUGAUUCACACAGUAACAAAGACGAUUCAAAUAUUUCGCAUACAAAAAAUAAGCGCAAACGAAAGAGUCAAAAUCCAAUACGAUUUGCUGUGCCAAUCACAAGUCACAUCGAUAGUAUGUCCGAUGAAAAUGAUUCAAAUGACAUAAACUACGUUCGAAAAUCAGUGGCACAAGAUGAGCCCAAGGCGCUGGUGAAACGACUACGUUCUAAUGGAAGCGAUGCUGAAAGCUCGGACGAAACAAAAAAACUCACCGACAAUGGAGUCGAUGACAAAGAGUCACGUUCACCAAGCAUAACUCCACCACCGAUUCGUGAAAACCACAAGAGUGAGAGUAAAAAAGAAAUCGAAGAAAAUGGCCAAAUCAAAGCAGAUGAAAACAAUGAAACGAAAGACGACGCCGAACCACAAAAUUUAACAUUGGAUUUGUCAAAUAAACAAAAGCACAUCGACAGCGAAGAUGAGACUCCAUUAAUCAAUGAAAAUAACAAUAAAAUCGACAAAAUUAAGAAGGAAUUAACGCGGCCGCCAAGUGCAUUACUUUCACCAAAGAAUGACAGUGAAAUCGAUCACAAACACAACGACGAAUUAAAUUCGGAUAAAAAACCCGAAGUAAAAAAGUCUGAACGCCAUCAUUCGAUAUUGAAACAGUACGAUUCAUUGUUUAAAAAUCAAAAUCCAUAUGCAAAAGGUGGUCCGGCCAAUCCAAUGAAUCUAUUCAAUUCAUCGAUGAAUUUCAUGUUAAAUUCGGCCCCAUUGAGUCCGGCCCGUUCACCAUCGUAUUCGCCAGAAGAGCGACGUUCACGUCAUGUAUACGAUUCGGAUGAGAAUGUCGAAGAGUUUGAGAACGAUUUAAGUGACAUUGAAAUGCCAAUUGACAAAGAAAAUCCGCGUAAAUGUGCGGAAUGCGGUGAAGUCUUCCCAAAUCAUUUCAAUUUAAAAGCACAUUAUCAACAAGUGCAUUUGAAAUUGCUACACAAAUGCGAUAUUGAUGGAUGCAAUGCAGCUUUCCCAUCGAAACGAAGUCGUGAUAGACACAGUUCAAAUUUGAAUUUACAUCGUAAACUUUUGUCGACAUCAUCGUCAACAUCAUCGAAAAAUCACAACGAAGAUAACCAUAACCAAAGCACUGCCGCUUCAAUGGCAAAUUCAGCAGCGACACGAUUGCAAACCGAAUUUUUGGCACGAUUGUAUGCCGAUUCGCAUCGAUUACCAUUCAAUUUGGAAGCAUUGAAAAAUAACUUUCCCGACAUGCAUCCAUUUGCGGCAGCUGCAACAAACACUUUUCUAAAUGGUGAUUCACGAUUUCCAGCCGCUGCAGCCGCAGCUGCUGCUGCUGGACAUCAAGCACCGAAUCCAUUUCUAUUUCCACCGCUGAGUGGUUUGGCUGGAUUUCCAAAUUUUUCAUCGUUUGCACCACAUCUUCUACCUCAUCCACUAAACGGUCUCUCAUCUCUGUCACAGCGUCGACAAUCGUCUGAUUCGAAUUCACCAUUGGCUUGUUCAUCGCCACGCGAACAAGAGCGACGCACACCAAUCGACGAAAAAUCACGCAACAUCGAUGCCCGUUUCUCGUGACCUCCAUUCGAUCAACACCCGUACAUGAGGUAUUCUCGAUGGUAAAUAAAAUUUCGAAAUUCUUGAAUGAGAAAAUUUAGUUGAGAAAAUAAACAGAACACGGAGACAAUGAGAGGCAAAAAGAGUUUAAAUUCUGAUGGAAAAAAGUGCAAUAAAACAAUUAACAAAUUUAAAAUAUAUAAAUAUCAUCAAUAUCGAAUGCAUCACUGUUCAAGUCAAAAUAUCACAUCAUGAAUAACUUUUAAGCACAUUUUGAACAAAUGCACUGAACCUUUGCUAAUUAAAGUACUUCUUCAAAUUUACAAAUUUCUUCUCGAUUUAAACAACAAAAAAAGAGUUAAAACUUAAAUCUUAUAUACACGUACCGAAUGCGAUCAUUAUUAAUUUUAGACUGGAUGAUUGAAAGGUGAAAGCUAUGAAAUGUGUCGUUUUGCAAACGCAUUGCAAUCAUGAACAAAACAAAAUCGAACGAAAAGAAAACAAACAAAUUUAAAACUUCUUAACUAUUAUUUCAAUGAAUGUAUAUUUACAUUAGAUUAUAGAAAAAAAUAUAAACACAUUUCUCUGCAAAGCGCGACCGAACGAAGAAAGAUUAUCAAAGUAGAAAAAAAACAACCUUUAGAAACGAAACGAUAUUAAAGUAUGAAUGUUUAACACAGAAAUAUGAUUAUUUGACGUUUAUGCAUUCGAAAUGGAAUUUACCGUGACGGUAUUAGCAAUCUUUGAGAUACUUACACAUCGUAAUAUAAAUAAUAUUAAAUUUAGCCUUUGAAUUUAAGUACAACUGUACACAAAUUAAGUGAAUAAUAUAUUGAAUGUAAUGUUAAUGGUUGAAACGAAAAGCUAGGCCAAGUGUCGAAUCAAAUAUCGAUUUGAGAGAUUUUCUGCGGACUCUUUUUUCGCAAGAUUUCUCGAAUCAACAUUUGAAUUGAUGAACCAACAACAAAUACAAUAUGACAUCACCACUUCAGUAUUUUGUUAUUUUAAGCUCUGACAGAAAUAACGAAAACAAGUAUGUAUAAAAUCAAUCUAUGGGAAAGCUUCAAUAUACAUAUAACGAACAUACACAAAUGUAUCACAAAGAGAAUCAAGUGAUAAGUAAAUGUAUAAGUAUAAUUAAAUUUGAAAAAAAUGAAAAACAUCCAUGGUAAUUAUCUUCUCUAUAUUCAAUCAUAUAAUCAAUAAUAACGUAUACGAAAUGGAUGUUAUGGUCCAAAUUCAAAAUUUCACCAACACACAAACACAUACACAUACCAUUUUUGAGAUCAUUCUCGACUUUAGUCCAAAUUCAUAAUUCCGGGCAGAGAGAAAUGCUGACUUUGACAAUUAAACAUAGAAACAUUUAUUCAGCAAAUGAUUAGAUUUACUUUUAAAAUAGAUAAACAAUGAUGUACUUAGCACAAUUACAAAAUAGCAAUACAUAACCAUAACCGAAAAUCUGAAAAUGCUUACUGAACGACUUUUUGCACGUCUGCAAAAAGAAACAAAUCCAAUUUCAUUUUUGCUCAACAUUUCCUUGGCUAAAUAAUAAUUGAAUAAGAAGCUUUCAAUUUUGCAUCGAAAUUUAUCGAUUUACUUUUAAAUGGAUACCGAAAGGGACAUAAAGGAACAAACAGAAAUAACCAUCGACAGUAUAUAAUGACGAGUUUUUGUUUUGUUUGUUUGUGUAAUAGUUAAGCAGAAUAGAUGGUUUACGAAUUAGAGUUUAUUUAAAAUAAAUUAAAUUAAAUGAAAACAUAAAAAAAAACAAUUUUCAUCAAUCAGUUAUUAUCGUUAAAAUACAUUUAAAUGCUACUUUUAUCGUCUAUCUUUAUAUAAAAAACAAAUUUAGUGAAAAUAAACGGUAUCUAAUUACUGCAUCCAAUUUACAAGU